AUAUAUACAGCCAUACUGCUAGCCAGCUGCUUCUGAAGAAAUGGCAGACAUGAGCCGAAAUGGUGGUUUCACCAACGUGCAGCCUCCAAUGGAGGUCGACUUCAUUUUCCCGGCCGCCGGCGGGGGCGGCACAGCCGCCACCGCCGUUUGGUUCAACGAUGCUCAUGAAGCUGCACUGUGGAAGAAACCCUACGCCCCCAUGCUCCAUGCUGGUGGGGCCACCACCACCACCACCAGCAGCCAUGGCUCGUCCACGAAAAUGUACUGUGAACCCUAUGGGGUUCACGGCACCACCCAGAUGCCAACUCAUCCGUCUAACCAUCUGUACCCAAACCCCGACGGUGCUGUUACCUCCGCCUCCGCUGCCGCCGCCGCCGUCGCAGCCGGCAGCGCCGGUGGCGUGGCGGUGAAGGUUGAGGCUGGGACUUGCUCCCAGGUUAAAUGGUUUCGGAACAUCGACCCUAACAUGGACCCCAAGAGGCUUAAACGGGUAAUUUCAAACAGGAUUUCUGCACAUAAAUCCAGAAUGAAGAAGCUUCAAUAUGUAACUGAGAUGGAGAAGAAGGUGAAAUCUUUAGAGAAAGAAAUAGCGGAGUUGUCUCCUCAGGUGGCCUUGCAUGAACACCACCACAACCUAUUGAAAAUGGAGAAUAGUUUCUUGCAACAAACACUAUCCACCCGCACCAACGAGAAAAUUGUUAUGGAAGCCCUAAUUGAACACAGCAAAGCAGAGGUGAGCAGGCUUCAGCAGAGGCAGCUGUCCUUGCAACACCAAGGCCAAGCUACUCCAGCAAUGACGUAUGGAUGGGAUCCUGCAGGGCCCAAGCAGCAGCUCAUACCAAAUCUUUACACGAACCAGUAUGGACCUGACCAAAUUUUGGAUAUGAAACCAAGAACGGGAUAAUUACAUAUCCUUGCAUGGAAUAGAUCUAUCCUGAAUUCUUGAUCAGUCAUUCAGUCUUGGCCCUUGGGUGAUCUCAAUGUGUUGUCAAGCAUAUAUGCAUGCUUGGGUCUCCUCCUCAUCAGUUGCUUGCUAGUUCUGUCCCCAACUGCUUUUGUUCUUAAGUAGGGUUUGGGUUUUAGUUCGUGAUUUCUCUGAGUUGAAUGUAAAAUGCAUGCUUCUCUUGUUGUCCAUGUUGUUGUUAUUUGAUUUCUGUGUUUAUUUUGUAUGGAACUAUAUAUGGAGAAAUGUGUCUUUUGCAAGGCAUUGCAAACUGCAACUUAUGUGAAUAAUUGGAAAAAGUUUUUAAGAUA